AUGGAGCACGCUCAGCGCUCCAACGCGGAAGAAGUUGACUGGAAAGCUGAAAAGGGUCACCUGAAGGGCUGCUAUUCACAGGGUAGUGAGGAAAAGGAUGAAGGGCAUUCACCAACGCAGUUCUCCAGGUGCAUCGCUGCAAAAGGAGAAUUGCUGAUCGUUGCGAGAUGCUCCGACGAGGAGCAACCGCAGCGCUUUGCAGGAUACCGCUCUACAUCAAACGGAAAACCGGAAUUUCUUUUUGUACCACAAGACCAUGCAGUAUAAACGGCAGCUUUUUCGUACGUGUGAUGAUCUCAACAAGGAGUUGGAUGCACGAAGCUAAUGGUGGCACGGAAGUGCAGCUCGGCUGAAGACGGCGGACGAGCGCUUCGGAGUGAAUGAAGAAUGAGGGGCGGCGUUCAUUGUCGACGGAAUCGCGUUACUUGGAUCCCAAAUUUUUUGUUGUGUUUUUUAUUAUCGCGAUUCCUUGUUGUUUAAUCUCGUGUCAAUCGAUAUCUGCCCGUGUCUUCGGUCAGCGUGCGGUAUUUUUGUCGGGAGUGGAUGCUUCACCAGCGCUUGCUUCAUUUGCUUUCUUUUCCUGCUCGUACCCCAGGACGAACCCUUUACAUGAAGCGAUGAAGAGUGCGAUGAGAUUGUGACUUGGAUUUGAUAAUGCGUUGAUCGUCAUUGUUGGACUUUUUAAAUAUGCGCAUGGCGCGGCUGUGAAGAGUAAAAAAAGAAUUCCUUGCAUUACUGUCUUGCAA